AUGGGUAUCAAAGCUUUGCUCGCUGGCUUACUGCUGCCUCUUGCUAGUGCUACUUCGUGCUAUGCGCCGAGUGCCACGACGCGAAAUGGAACAUACUUGGGCACUUAUAAUGCCCACUAUCACGAAGAUCAGUUCCUCGGUAUCCCAUAUGCGCAACCGCCUGUUGGAGACCUGAGAUUCAGAGCCCCAGUCAAUCUGAAUACCUCCUGGAGGGAAUUCGAAAUGCCACAGAGUACUCGCCUAUUUGUGUGGUCGGACUCUAAUUACUUCGAGUCUUCUGAGGACUGUCUUACCAUGAAUGUUGUCCGCCCGGCUGGCAUACCUUCAGAACCGCUUCCUGUCCUGGUUUGGAUUCACGGUGGUGGAUUUUACGAAGGAGGUACUGUUGAUCCCCGAUACAACCUUUCCCGCUUGGUGCAAAAGUCUGUCGAGGCAAGCAAGCCGAUCAUCGCCGUGUCUCUGAAUUAUCGUCUGUCUGCAUUUGGCUUCCUCUGGAGCAAGGAAGUCAAGGCAAAUGGCACGGCCAAUAACGGGCUACGAGAUCAGCGCCUUGCCUUCCAUUGGAUUCAGGAGAAUAUCGCUGGGUUUGGAGGAGAUCCUAGCAAAGUUACCUUGUUCGGUGAGAGUGCCGGAGGCAUCGCCAUUGGCCGCCACCUUACUGCCUAUGGUGGCCGAGAUGACAAUCUCUUCCGUGCGGUAAUUAUGGAGUCCGGCGGCCCACUUGAGCGAUGGCCAUAUGCGACGCCCGACCCGGAUGGCUACAGCGAGGAUCUAUACAGCAAUCUUACUAGUAGCACAGGGUGUGCUAACGCGACUAGCCCUCUAGAGUGUCUCAGGGGGCUUUCUUUCGAUUCCCUAAAUACUGCUCUGAAUAUCACAGAUACUUGGAUCUCUGGCACCGGUUUGGGUCCUUGGAUCUCUGUCAUUGACGGUGACUUCCUGCAAGACUACCAGAGCGUGCAGAUUGCCGAGGGUAGAUUCGUCAAGGUACCAAUCCUCUACGGUACCAACACAGAUGAGGGAACGUCCAUCGGCCCCUCAGGAGUGAACACGGACGAGGAGUUCCACGCUGCUGUUGCGCAGGGAGGCCCAGAUAACGAGACCAUCACCAUGAUCGAGUACUUAUACCCUAACGUACCUGGGAUCGGCAUCCCCGCAGAGCAUGCCUUGACUACCGAUGAGGAGGCCACGUACGGCACCCAGUGGAAGCGCAUCGCCGCUUUCUUUGGGGACAUGGUCGAGCACUUCCCCCGGCGUGAGGUGGUUCAAAAAUUUGCCAAGAACAAUAUCACAGCCUAUAGCUACCGGUUCAAUGUCAAGCCUGCAGGUGAAGCUGCGGCCAUUGGCGUCACACAUUACCAGGAAGUUGCCUGGGUCUUUAACAAUAUCGAUGGUAUCGGCUACACUACGAAUCCCUUCAAUGGGAGCCUUAUUGACAGGCCGGCUUACGUCGAGGUCUCAACCUUAAUGAGCCGCAUUUGGGCCUCUUUUGCGACUGACCUUGAUCCUAAUAAUCAUGGAUUGAAAGGGUACCCGGUAUGGCCUGCGUAUACCUUGAAUGACCAGGGUGUCGGUGAGAACUUUGUAUUUGACGCAAAUGUUACCUCGUACGUCGAGCGCGACGACUACCGUGUUCCAGGCAUGGCAUUUAUCGCUGAGAAGGCCAAGACGCAGUGGAAAUUUUGA